AUUCACGUGUAUAGUUAUUAUUAGAACCGUCGUCACUAUGGUUCGACUUGGAGAUGUUAUGAGACGCGAAAGGACCUAGAUUGCAAAAUUCGCUUUUGACAUGUAAUGGUCAACUCAGUCAACGUGAAAGACAUAGCUACCGAUGACGAGCUCCGGAUGUAAACUCGCGGGACAGGUCCUCUGCGCCGCUCGCAUGCGCACUGGCCACGCGGCUGUGCCAUCUGGGCUUCUAGGUGACUUGAAAUCACUGACCUCGAGUAGCAGCAGCGUGCGCGUGCCAGAGUCGCAGGCACGGGCCCUCGCCACCUCCCAAGCGCCGGAGGCCACCAACGUCGACUGCGUCGUCAUUGGAGCAGGUGUCGUUGGGUUGGCAUGCGCACGUGCCCUGGCGCAAAGGGGCCAGGAGGUGGUGGUGGUGGAGGCCGCCGGAGCUAUCGGCACGGAGACCAGCUCACGACACAGCGAAGUCAUUCAUGCAGGCAUCUACUAUCCGCUGGGCAGCUUGAAGGCCCGGCUGUGCGUGGAGGGCAAGGCCCGGCUGUACGACUUCUGCAGGCAGUACAGGGUGCCGUACAAGGCCAUUACUAAGCUCAUUGUGGCCACCAGCAAAGACCAGCUGCCCGACCUGGACGCCUUCCGCGAAACAGCCGCCAGACACGGUGUGCCCGACCUGCAGCGCCUGAGCGGCCCCGAGGCGCAGCAACUGGAGCCGGCGCUGGCAGCAGCGGGAGCGCUGCUGUCGCCCUCCACCGGCAUCCUGGACAGCCACGCCUACAUGGCGGCGCUACUGGCGGACGCAGAGGCGCACGGCGCCGUUCUGGCCCUCAACACUCGCGUGGCGGGCGGCUGGGUGGAUCCGCUACCGCACACAGCUACAGCCGGCGGCACGAACAGUCCUGGCAGCAGCAGUGGUGGUAGCAAUGACAGCAGCAGCAGCAGCAGCAGCAGCAGCAGCAGCAACAGCAAGGGCAACACGCCGGGGCCGGUGGCGCGCAAGGUCUUGGAGCUUCACACCCGCGCGCCGUCUGCACCUGGCGGCGGCGGCGCGCCUGCUGCCCCCGGCGGGGCUGAGGUUGAGGUCAGCCACCUGCGCGCGCGGUGGGUGGUGAAUGCCGCAGGCCUCCACGCGAUGCGGGUGGCGGCCACCAUGGUCGGACUGCCCCGCAGCGCCAUACCGCGGCUGUACCUAGCAAAGGGCAACUACUUUUCUCUGGCGGGCCGCUGUCCCUUUGGUCGCUUGAUCUACCCCAUGCCGGAGCGCGGACUUGCGGGCCUGGGCACACACCUCACGCUAGACAUGGCUGGUGGGGCCAGGUUUGGUCCAGACGUGGAGUGGCUUCCCGAUCCAGGGCUUGACCCCAGCACUCCCAUUGAUGUAGACUACAAGGUUGACCCCCACCGCGCGGACUUAUUCUACCCGGCCAUUCGCCGCUUCUUCCCCAGUCUACCAGACGGAGCACUGCAACCCGCCUACAGUGGCUGCAGGCCAAAGCUGUCGGGGCCUGGGCAGCCGGCCGCGGACUUCAUGGUGCAGGGCGCGCGGGGCGGGCGGGGGCACGGCCUGCGGGGCUGGGUCAACAUGUACGGCAUUGAGUCGCCGGGACUGACAUCAUCGCUGGCGCUGGCACAGCAUGCGGUGCAGCUGCUGGUGGCAGAGGCAUAAGCGAAGUGCUUGCUAGUGAAUGCGAAUGCAAGACGCCAUUGUGAACUCCAGGCUAACAAUAAACAUAAGGUCCCGGCUUUCAGAGGGUGUGUGUGCUUACCUCUGCUGCUGAAGCACGACUGCGUGAACGCGCCCGCUAGUGUACAAUUUGAUUGCGAAGUGUAACUUAAUAAUGCCUAUGGGGCUGCUAUGUGCUGUAACCGCUGCCUGGGUGCAGCGGGUGGCCUGAGGAGCGAUGCGCCGUCAGCCGCCCUUGUGCGCUGUUGGCUAGGAGCUAGGGUUUCGCCUGGCUUCAAAGUUGCGCUGCGGCCGCUGCCAUGGGGUAGAAAUGAGUAGUCAUAAUGCGCUGUGUGCGUAGGCUUCUUGUGGUAGCACAAGCAUGUGCACAGAUUCAUGUCUGGCAUCGGCGGGUGCGUCGGGGCUGAGUGCGGCGAACCGUGCGGGCGGAGCCGUCGCAGCCGUGCCCUGAGGGUGGACUGGUGAGGGACGCAGCAUUGGCCACUGGAUUCCUCUUAAAGCCCCCAGGCUG